UAACCUUAUAAACUUAUUUUCAUUUUGUAUUCGUAAACAAUGUGUUUUUAAUAUUGACGCAAUUUAGUAUCAGAGACAAUAGGCCUCUAUAAAUUACUUUAAAAAUGAGUGACAACGAAACUAAAACAAUAAUCAUCAACAAAACAAUAUUAAAAACAAGAAAUGUUUUGAAAGACUUUGAAUCAGCAAUAUUUAAAGAAGAUUUCUGGCAUAAGUUUAUUAUAAAAGAUGUUCGACAAUAUGAUAGGAAUUCGAUAAUGAAGGGCUUUACUGAGUCUGUGUACCCUGCAGAAAUAUUGCCAGUUAAGUAUAAGAAAGAUGUAUUUGGUUCAGCAGAAUUUUUAGGCAAGUGUUGUGGAGAAGUGAUACAAAAAUUAAUAGAAAACAAAUUACAAAUCAGUAUAUUGCAUCAAGGAGUUAAACAAGAGUUCCAAGUUGAUAUAAUUCUAAGAUAUUGUCCCACAAAUAAAAUUCAAGUAGAUUUGCAAGAUGUCUUUUGCAAAAUAUUGAAUAAGAGGUUUAAUAGGGAUACUGAAUUUUUGAAUUUAGAAAAUUUUGUAAGUGACCCAGAAUUAGUUGAGUAUUGUCCACUCUCACAGCCAAAACUAUUAAAUUUUAUUUUAUAUUUAUCAGCUCAAUUUAAUCCAAAAUCCAUUAGUUUGGCCAAAAAUGACAUCAAAGUUUUACCUAAAGAUAUAUGUUGGGAACAGCUGACAACACUUGAGAAACUUGACUUGCAUGAUAAUGAGCUGCCUUGUAUAACACAAAUAGAGGAUGUACAAGUGCCACUGAAAAGUUUAAAUCUUGAUGGUAAUCCAUUGUGUGAGGGCUUUGUGGACUCUUUAAGUUAUAUUCAAGUGAUUAAGUCGAAAUUUCCUACCCUAACGGAAUUGGAUGGUCAAAAUAUUUCCUCGACUUUAUGCUUCGCCCAGGACAACUUUCUUUGUUCUGGUUACGGUUACGAAUUCGUUAAUGAAUUUUUACAAACUUAUUUUAAAAUUUACGAUUCGAAUAGAAGGCACCUUUUGGCUAAUCUUUAUAAUCCCACAAUAUAUAUGAGCCUUACGCUGACUGUUCGAAAUGUGACUGAGAUUCAAAGUUCCUCACAUUUUCGGGAACAUAAACGAAAUAGGGAUACAAGUCUUUCAAAGAGAUCUACUGAAGCACUUGUGAGAAACAAGUUAGACUUAUUCAAAUUGUUUUUGAAGUUGCCUUUGACCGAACACGACUACAGUUCGUUUAAGGUUGAUCUUUUGUUAUUUACUGAUUCACUUAUAUCGUUGGUGGUGACUGGAGUUUUUAGAGAGAAUUCCGAAGAUUUAUUGAAGAAACCUGCUUAUUACACUUUCAGUCGACAUUUUAUAUUAAGUGGUAAAAAUUUUCAAGAUUUUAGCAUUGUUAAUGAACUUUUACACAUUUCAACAAUGAACCGGGACGUUACACAAAAGAACUUCGUUCAAGCAGUCAAAGUCAAACCUGAUCUAUUACCAAAAAAUGAACAAGAAGAAACUUUGACAAUUAAAGUUAUGUCUGAAUUGACAGGACUUAACAAAUUCUGGAGUAAACGGUAUUUACAUAAAGAGAAGUUUAAUCUUUCCAAUGCGUUGAAGGCAUUUUCUUCAGACGCCGACAAAAUACCACAAAACGCAUUCGAAGACCCUGAUAUAGCAAAAAACACCGUUACACUAUCACUGCCUGAUGUUAAAGCUGAUUGGAUUAAUUGUAAAAACAGUGUGAGUGGAAAUAAUAAAAUAGUGAUGCCUAUAGAAAUUUCUGAAGUUAUUAAUCCAUCUAAUCAAGUUACCAAUAUUGCACAGAAUGAGGCUUCAAAGGUAUUGUCAAAUGUUGUUCCAAUAAACCAUAAGCUAAUGUUUGAAAAAGCUAAACCCAUAAACGUUCCGAAAAAAGUUGUAAUACCUGCAGCACAAAAUCUACAAGCUGAUCAAGCUAGCGAAGUGUCUAGUACAACUCCAGAUUUUAUAAAGAUGUUUCAGAAUCCAAAUUUGCAAGUUGUUGGCAACAGUAAAAAGCAGAAAAAGUCGAAAAAGAAAAAAAAUAAACAACUUCAAAAUAUACGAUUUGAUCGAAAGACAGAACUUAAAAGAGUGGAUGUAAAAAAAGUCAAUUAAUCUAAUAUCAAAUCAAAUAGGAACAAAGUAAAAUAUACGAACAAUUACUUACCUCAAUAAUAAUAUAAUUAACAGCAUUAUUUUUUAUUAAAUUUAUUUUGCUGUGUUUCUAAAAUAUUGCGACUGAAAUUAACUUUAAAGAUGUAUUUAUAUUGACUUUUUAUUGCUGUAAAAAUAUAUACAUAUACUUUAGGAUGUAAGGUGUAUAUAAUAUAAA